AUGUCGGCGCCGCCCGAAGCCGCCGAGUCCUCGCGCGCUCGCCAGCAGCCGGAGGAGCCAUCCGACGAGUCGCCUCAGCGCUGCCGGUGGGUGGCCCUCUCUACCAUCACAGGCGGGCCGCACCGCCCCGGGGACGAGCGGCACCGCCGCAUCCUCCGCGGCCGCGACCUCCUGCUCGACCUCCACGACCCGCCGCGCGCCUCCACCCUGGUGCUGCGCGCCAACCUCACCAGCUUCUUCCCCAUCAUCCUCGUCGCCGACUCCUCCUCCGCCCGCCUCCUCGUCAAGGCCGCCUGGGGCAGCGCCCGCAUCAACCGCCCCGAGUACUUCCUCUGCGACGCCCGCUCCCGCACCGCCCAGCGCCUCCCCGCCGUGCCCUCCUCCGAGCUCGGCGGCCCCGACGCCUGCCCGCUCGGCGGCCUCGACCUCUGCCCGCGCCGCAGCAUCGGCCUCAUAGCCGACCCGGACCGCACCGGCCACUUCAUGAUCGCGCAGCUCCACCCUGCCCCCGCCACCCGCCACGGCUUCAUCCUCUUCUACUCCACCGCCACACGCCGCUGGGCCACCAAGCAGCUCGCCUCCGCCCCGGAGCACAAGCGCUGGGGCGCCCACGGCGUCCUCGCCCACGACGGGCUCCUCUGGUGGCUC